CGACGAACGACAAUCUUCUGUCACUGUUUCUCACAUAGAAGAGAUCUACACACUCAACGUUACACAAUUCUUCCGAUCUGAAGAAAAUGUCUAUCCGCUUCACAUUUCAUUCAUAAAUUCAAAUCCUGUAAUUCCAUCUUAUAUAUAUAUACACACGUAUAUAUAUAGAGGGGAGGGAGAGAUGGCUUUCAUGGCAGUUUUGGAGUCAGAUCUACGCGCUCUCUCCGCGGAAGCUCGCCGGAGGUACCCUGCCGUGAAGGACGGUGCCGAGCACGCAAUAUUGAAGCUUCGUUCAUUGUCGAGCCCUGGUGAAAUUGCGCAUAACGAGGAUAUUCUACGGAUAUUUCUGAUGGCUUGUGAGGUCAAAACUGUCAAACUGAGUGUUAUUGGACUUUCCUGCCUGCAAAAGCUCAUAUCCCAUAAUGCGGUAGCUCCUUCAGCUUUGAAGGAGAUACUUGCUACCCUCAAAGAUCAUGCUGAAAUGGCAGAUGACACCGUACAACUUAAGACCCUACAGACGAUACUGAUAAUAUUUCAGUCGCAUUUACAACCUGAAAAUGAGGAGAACAUGGCUCAGGCUCUUGGUAUUUGUCUCCGGCUUCUUGAAAACAGCAAAUCCUCUGACAGCGUGAGAAACACUGCUGCAGCAACCUUCAGGCAAGCAGUAGCAUUGAUUUUUGAUCACGUGGUUAGUGCUGAAUCACUUCCGGUGGGCAAGUUUGGUUCAGGAGGAUACAUUUCUCGAACUAGUUCAGUUACUAGUGACGUUAAUCGAAGUAUUAAUCUUUCAGAGUCAUUGGAGCAUGAAUUUGCUUCUGGAGGGAAAUCAUUGAUGAGGGAAACUCUAAGUAAAACUGGAAAGCUUGGGCUUAGGUUGCUUGAAGACCUGACAGCUCUAGCUGCAGGUGGAUCUGCAAUUUGGUUACGUGUCAAUUUCAUUCAACGGACAUUUGCACUUGAUAUACUCGAGUUCAUUCUAUCUAAUUAUGUGGUGGUGUUCAGAACUUUAGUUUCAUAUGAACAGGUUUUGCGUCACCAGAUAUGUUCACUUCUCAUGACUUCACUUCGUACCAAUGCCGAGCUUGAAGGAGAAGUAGGAGAGCCUUAUUUUCGUCGCUUGGUCUUGCGCUCAGUGUCCCACAUCAUAAGGCAUUACAGUUCAUCUCUUAUCACUGAAAGUGAGGUUUUCCUCAGCAUGUUAGUGAAGGUUAUAUCUCUUGAUUUGCCAUUAUGGCAUCGCAUUCUUGUUCUUGAAAUCUUGCGGGGUUUUUGUGUGGAGGCACGGACUUUGCGAAUUCUUUUUCAAAAUUUUGACAUGAAUCCCAAGAACACAAAUGUUGUAGAAGGCAUGGUAAAAGCUCUUGCUCGGGUUGUUUCUAGUGUGCAGUUUCAAGAUACAAGUGAGGAGAGCCUGGCAGCUGUUGCAGGAAUGUUUAGCAGUAAAGCUAAAGGGAUUGAAUGGAGCUUAGAUAAUGAUGCGUCCAAUGUUGCUGUUUUGGUUGCAAGCGAGGCUCAUGCAAUAACUUUGGCAAUAGAGGGUCUGUUGGGUGUUGUAUUUACAGUGGCUACUUUGACAGAUGAGGCAGUGGAUGUUGGUGAGCUUGAAUCCCCUAGAGAUGACUCUGAUCCACCAUCGAAGUGUACUGGAAAUACUGCAAUUCUUUGCAUGUCAAUGGUUGAUUCAAUGUGGCUGACCAUACUUGAUGCACUGUCCUUGAUUUUGACGAAGUCGCAAGGAGAGGCUAUCGUAUUGGAGAUCUUAAAGGGAUAUCAGGCAUUCACUCAGGCAUGUGGGGUUCUUCGCGCUGUAGAACCUUUAAACUCUUUUCUAGCUUCCCUAUGCAAAUUUACAAUCAAUUUUCCCGGUGAACCCGAAAAGAGGAGUGCUUUACAAUCUCCUGGGUCAAAACGUUCUGAGAUGUUGGUUGAUCAGAGGGAUAACGUUGUCCUUACUCCCAAGAAUGUGCAGGCCUUAAGGACUCUCUUCAACAUAGCUCAUCGAUUACACAAUGUGUUGGGCUCUUCUUGGGUUUUGGUGUUGGAGACUCUAGCAGCUCUAGACCGAGCAAUACAUUCUCCGCAUGCGACGACACAGGAGGUCUCCACAGCUGUGAAAAAGCUUACAAGAGAAUCGUCUGGUCAAUACAGUGACUUCAAUAUCCUCUCGUCCUUAAACUGUCAGUUGUUUGAGAGCUCAGCACUCAUGCACAUGUCUGCAGUCAAGUCGCUUCUUUCUGCACUAUGUCAGUUGUCACAUCAAUGUAUGGUUGGAACUCUUAGUGGUUUUGGACAAGCUUCAAGUCAAAAGAUUGGAAGCAUCAAUUUUUCAGUGGAAAAAAUGAUAUCCAUCCUUGUCAACAAUCUUCACAGGGUCGAGCCACUAUGGGAUCAAGUCGUUCGACAUUUUCUUGAGCUUGCCGAUAGUUCUAAUCAGCAGUUACGAAAUAUGGCACUUGACGCCUUGGAUCAAUCAAUUUGUGCUGUUUUGAGUUCAGAUCAGUUCCAGGACGAUACACCACCAAGAGCACACAGUACUUCUAAUGAUAUGAAUAACUUGCAUACCUAUUUGAGAUCACUCGAGUGUUCUAUCAUAUCUCCAUUAAGGGUACUCUAUUUUUCAAAUCAAAGUGUUGAUGUUCGUGCUGGAUCUCUAAAAAUUCUUCUUCAUGUUUUAGAGAGGUAUGGAGAGAAGUUGCGCUACAGCUGGCCAAAUAUUCUUGAAAUGUUGAGGUCUGUAGCUGACGCAUCGGAGAAAGAUAUUGUCUCUCUAGGGUUCCAGAGCCUACGUGUCAUUAUGAAUGAUGAGCUCUCAACUAUACCUGCGGACUGCCUUCAUGUAUGUAUAGAUGUAACUGGGGCAUACAGCACCCAGAAAACUGAAUUGAAUAUAAGCUUGACAGCAGUAGGACUUUUAUGGACUACAACUGAUUUUAUUGCAAAGGGGCUUCUCUACGGGCCUGCAGAGGAAAAGGAAACAGGAAUUCUGGAUGUACAUUUGAUUUCAAAUCAAAUCGAUGGUGAAAAGAGGGAAGAACUUAACAUUGGUAUAGUUCAUGACCAAGCUCCCUUCACAAAUGCAGUUAAUCCUGACGAGUUGCUAUUUUCAGUGUUCUCUUUACUUAAAAAGCUAGGAGCUGAUGAGAGACCCGAGGUUAGGAAUUCUGCUGUCAGGACACUUUUUCAAACUCUUGGAACUCAUGGGCAAAAGCUUUCAAAAAAUACAUGGGAAGAUUGUCUUUGGAAUUACGUAUUCCCCACAUUAGAUCGUGCUUCUCACAUGGCUGCAACUUCAUCAAAAGAUGAAUGGCAUGGGAAAGAACUUGGAACAAGAGGAGGAAAAGCAGUUCACAUGCUUAUUCAUCACAGUCGUAACACAGCUCAGAAACAGUGGGAUGAAACACUAGUACUGGUCCUAGGUGGAAUAGCACGACUUCUACGUUCUUUCUUUCCUUUUCUUAGAAGUUUAAGCAAUUUCUGGUCCGGAUGGGAAUCAUUGCUUCUUUUUCUUAAAAAUAGCAUUUUAAAUGGCAGUAAAGAGGUUGCCCUUGCUGCAAUAAGUUGUUUGCAAUCCACAUUCCUUUCUCAUUCUCCUAAGGGAAACCUGCCAAUGGCUUACCUUAAAUCAGUACUCGAUGUGUAUGAGCUUGUCCUUCAAGAGUCACUAAAUUGCGGUAGUAAUGCAACUAGCAAGGUGAAGCAAGAGAUUUUACAUGGUCUUGGAGAAUUAUAUGUUCAAGCACAAGCGAUGUUUGACAAUGGCAUGUACUCACAGUUGCUUGCAGUCAUCCAUAUGGCAGUCAAACAAGACAAGAUUUCUAAUAGCAACUUUGAAGCUGAAUUUGGACAUGUUCCACCUGUGCAACGUACUGUGCUAGAAAUCUUACCACUGCUACGUCCUGCUGAGCAUCUUUCUUCAAUGUGGCUUCUCCUUCUCCAGGAACUUCUGGAACAUCUUCCAAGGUCUGAUUCUCUUUCACAAAGUGAAGAAGAUGAACUAGUGCAGGCCAGCAUCGGAGAUCUUAUUCAUGAUUCUAAUAAGAUGAUGAAUGCUGAGAUUCCUAAUGGUGCCGGUUCCCCAUCCUCAAACAACAUAGAAAAUUCAUCUUUGAGAUCUGUAUCAAACAAAACAACCGCAGGCCUUUCAUCUUUUCUGUUUGCAGAGAAGAUCGUCACUGUUCUGGUUGAUCUUUUCCUACAGGCUCCAACGGUUGAGAAGUAUAAAACUUUUCCGGAAAUUGUUCAAGGUCUUGCAAGGUGUAUGACAACAAGAAGAGACAACCCUGACGGUGCACUUUGGAGACUAGCUGUUGAAGGAUUCAACCGCAUUCUUGUCCAUGAUAUGAGCAUAUUAGCUAUGAAUUGUGGGGCAGAUCCUAGUAUUACUAGAUUGGCAAGAAUACGUAUCUGGAAAGAAGUUGCCGAUGUUUAUGAAAUAUUUCUAGUGGGGUAUUGUGGUCGUGCCCUCCCUUCCAAUUCUCUCUCAGAUGCGGUACUUCAAGCUGAUGAGUCUCUCGAGAUGAAUAUUUUAGAUGUCCUUGGUGACAAGAUUCUUAAGUCGCAGAUCGAUGCUUCUCCUGAUAUUUUGCAACGACUAGUUUCCACCUUGGACCGAUGUGCAUCACGAACAUGCUCUUUGCCUGUUGAAACUGUGGAACUUAUGCCUUUGCAUUGUAGCAGAUUCUCUUUGAGUUGCUUACAGAAGUUGUUUUCCUUGAGCAGUUACAGCAAUGAAGUCGACGAUUGGAAUUUGACCAGAUCUGAAGUUAGCAAAUUUUCAAUCAUGAUACUCAUGACCAGAUGCGAAUACAUUUUUAAAAAGUUUCUGAUUGAUGAGAAUGAAUUAGGUGAGCGUUCAUUGCCAGCAGCAAGACUUGAAGAAAUCGUAUACGUGCUUCAAGAACUGGCCCGUCUGGUAAUUCAUUCAGAUACAGCAUCCUUGCUUCCUUUACAUCCAUAUCUGAAAGGAGGACUCGCAGAGGAGAAUUAUGAAAAGCGUCCACAUCUGCUUGUUCUUUUUCCGUCCUUUUGUGAGCUUGUAAUAUCAAGGGAAGCAAGAGUAAGAGAACUGGUGCAUGUAUUACUUAGACUCAUCACCACGGAGUUGGCGCUGCAAAAAAUUAGUUUAGCCAGCUGACACAUGGAAGCUGUUCCACAAAACCUAGUUAUCUGUUGAGUCAUCCUAAUUCUAUGUCCAUAUGAGGUUUAUAGGAGGAAUUUUUUCUCUGCCUCCGUUGUGCAGUGUUUUACUGUAGAGUCGUUUGUACAAUAUUUAAAAGCUGUUAUUUUGUUGUAUUUAUAGAAGUUAGUACAGGAUGAUCAUGAUUUGGUCCUUUAUAGUGAUUCUGUAUUUUGACACUUUGCCACUUUCAGUGGUGAAAAAUGUAUACAAUUAUUUUGAUGUGGAACUGAAAAUUUGUUCUUGAAGAGUUUACGUGGAAGUGGUGCUUAAACACGUUUAUGGUCUUA